AGUCGUGUUGUGUUACAUUUUACUAAAAUUAAAUAGAAUGGAGGACAUCGAAGAGUCCGAUUUUGUGGCUUCCGAGCACGAUAAGCUAGUCCAUGCCAUAUCGAAACUAGACAAAACUCAGUUUAUUACCGAGCCAACGCGAAGUGAACCAACUAACCUCAAUUCAGAGUUCAACUUGAUCAAAACUAAACCAAAACUCGAUCUUACAAAUGUUGUGAAAGUGUUAGAAGACACGUCUCACCAUGUACAGAUUAGCAAGAAGCUUAAAAAGAGUCAGGACAAUAAACAAGUACUCACGAAGCCGCUUGAAAAGCCACAAGCUGAACGCAUCAAGCGAGCGACAGGGUACGAGCAGACGAAGGAAAAAGUGGGCAGAUGGGACCCUGUCGUAGCAAGAGCCCGUACCGUAGACUUCGUUUCGUUUCCUCUAAAGGGUGUCUCGACCAAAAUGCAGCCAACACAUGAGUUCUUAGCUAAGUUUGAACUUAAAUCGAACCUUGAGAAAGAGUUGGAGGAAAUUGAUCCGCCGAAUAUACAAGUUGAAGACGAUGAAGAGGAGAAAGUGUACCCGAUGACAUACGAGGAAAUGUUGGAACACAGGCAGCACUCGGCUAAAUUGAGAGCACAACAAUCUUACAAAGCUGCUAAAGCUAAGAGGCAGGGUAAAAUAAAGAGCAAGAAAUAUCACAGAAUCCUCAAGAAGGAAAGACUAAAGUUGCAGCUUAAAGAAUUUGAAGAGCUACAAAAGAAGGACCCAGAAGAAGCUUUGAAGAAGUUAGAGGCUCUGGAGAAAGCUAGGGCUUUGGAGAGACAUACACUGAGACACAAGAAUACUGGAAAAUGGGCUAAAAGCAAAUUAGUUCGAGCUAAAUAUGAUAAAGAGACCAGACAAGAACUUGCUGAGCAAUUAGCAGUAAGCAGAGGUCUAACUCAAAAAACACAAGCCAAUGACAGCAGUGAUGAAGAAAAUGAUGACUCUGAAAACAUACCAGAUAUCACUCUAUCUCAAGACCCCAUGAAUCCCUGGAUGAUGAAAAGGUCAGAUAAAUCUGAAGUUGAUGCUGAAUUUGAUUUUGGUUACAAGAAAUAUGUUCAAGGAAAGACAAACAAGAAAGAUGAUAGUGAUUCAGAUGAUGAUGAAACACAGCAUCCUGGAGGUGAUAAAGAUAGUAAAGCACUAGAUAUGUUGCUUUUGGGAAAUAGUAUAAAUAGAAUUGGUCAGGAAGACGGUGAUGAUCCAGAUGAAGAAACUCAAAUACAAACAGAGAUGAAGAAAACCCAAAAUCCUACAGCUAAGAACAUUGGUAAAAAUAAGCCACAACUUCCCAAUAAACUUAAAAGUACAACACAGAAUGAUGAAGUAGAAACUAAAGGGAAAUUUAAGAAAGCUAAACCAGUGAAAAGAAAAAAUGAAGUCAAUAAUGUAAUUUCAUCGAAGAAAACCAAGACAGCUGUGGCAACUUCUAAUUGGUCUGUAGAACCAGUUAAUGUUGUUCCAGAGAAAAAGACAAAGAAAGCAAAGGCAGAUGUAUCUGAGGCAUUUGAAGUUCUGGAAAAAAAUAUUGCAAAUAAAGUUGCAAGUAAAAUUAACAAACUUAAGAAAGAUAUUAAAAAUUUAGAAAGGGCAACAAAAGAGUCAAAGAAAGUUGAAAAUAAACAAGAAGAAAGAGAUAACCUAGAAUACUUGAAAUUAAAGAAACAAAAAGUAAAAGCAGUCAUAGAUGAAGAGUUAAUAGAAACAGCUUCCAAAGCUCCUGAAGAUGUACAGGGCAGCAACAAACCUAUCUCUGAUAUAGUAAAAACAGCACAAAGUGAUCUACCUGUCCAAGAAAAUGUUGAUGCAAAUAUUGAUCCAACUAGAUUCAUACAAGCUAAGCCUAAAUAUUUGAAUUCUGUUGUACCAGAAGGAGAAGCUGGUCAUGAUUUGUUGGAUGAUGAUGAUGAACAAGUUGUUCCAAAAGUAAAUAUUGAAGAAGUCUUUGAGGAAGAUGAUGUAGUUGACAGUUUUAGGCAAGAAAAAGAAGAUGAAAUAAACAAAGAUAAAAUCGAAGACAUUGAUUUGAGUCUUCCUGGCUGGGGCAGCUGGGGAGGGAAAGGUGUGAAAGCCCCGAAAAAGAGAAGGAACAGAUUUAUCUCUAAACCUGUUCCGAAAUUUCCAAGACGAGAUGAAAAUAAAGGUGAUAUCAUCAUUAAGGAAUUUAAGGAUCCUAAACUUGCUGUUCAUAAAGUAACUAAUGUACCAUUCCCAUUCAAGAGUGUCAAGGAUUAUGAAGCAUCAAUCAGAGCUCCUAUUGGUAAUACUUUCGUCACUGAAAAAGCACACAAGAAGUUAAUCAAACCAAGUGUAAUAACUAAGGCUGGUGCUAUCAUUGAGGCAAUGGACGAAGAUGAAUUGCUUCAAAAGAGAAACCGGAAUUUCAGAAAUGAGAAAGUUAUGAAAUUAUUAGGCCAAAAAUAAAACUAAUCUACUUAA